GCACGUGAACGUAACACAAUUCGCAUUGCAAUCGCUUAAUUCUAUUAUAUAAAAAAUUAAAAACGGAUUUUUCUCUUUUAAGCAAUUUGUUAAAAAUCUAAAUUUAGUAAAAUUUAUAAAUUGAUUGUAUUUUAAAAAUGAAUUUCUCUUUUGCAUUCACAAUUGUCUUAUUGAUUGCUAUUUGUGCUGCUGCACCAACCCCAGUAGAAGAAACCGCAAAAACAAAACGUGGUCUGCAUGUUGCUGUUCAUCAUGCUCCAGUGUUAGCACAUGCUCCAGUAGUAUCACAUGCUGCAUUAGUACAUCCAGCUCCUAUUAUACAUGCACCAGCAGUUAUACACCAUGCGCCUGCUGUUAUACAUCAUGCACCAGCAGUUGCCAUACAUCAUGCACCAUUAAAAGUAGCUGCAUUCCAUCAUGCACCUGCUGUUUCACAUAGUUCUGUUGUUCAUCAUCAUACUCCAGUGCAUGCAGCUUUAGUACAUGCACCAGUCGUUCAUGCACCAUUAGUUCAUGCCCCAAUUGUUCAUGCACCAGUCCAUGCUGUCCAUGCACCUCUUGUACACGCUCCAUUUGUGCAUCAUUUAUAAAAUGUGUAUGUAAAUAACAAUAAAAACUAAAAUUCGAAUAUGAAAUUGUAAAGACGCAUUGAUAUUUAAAAAGUAACAAUAUUGCUUAUACUAUGUUUGUACAACUAUGUUUGUAUUAUAAUAAAUAAGGAAUUAUAAGCGAAAAGAGUCAACAUUUGAAUAUUA